GUUGUUUAUUUAUCACAAUAUACAUUUAAUUUUGUUCAGGUGGGCCAGGGCUGUGCGACCCAUGUGAAAAAGAAAAGGUAGAUGCCUCUGCUGAUAUAAAGAUGCAAGAAGCAGAAGAUUUGACUACCGCAGCUCAGCACGCCCUUCGUCUACAAGCCUUCAGACAGCUUCACAAAGUACUUGGUAUCGACCCUCCUCCUCCAAUGCCGAGAUACCGUGGACGAUAUCCACGUGGAGGGCGUUUUAAGAGAAGACGGGAGGACAGUGGCCAAGGAGACGAGGGAGCCAAGAAAGAGAAAAAAGAAGGAGAAGGAGAUGCGACGAUAGAAGUGAUGGAUACAGUCACUGAGCCUAACGAAGCGGCGGCAAAAACUGAGUCCUAGAGGCCUCAGUACGAAGAAACGUCCCACGUUGUGUUUAGAUCUAUGCACGAGAAAUAUUUAUGUAGAAUAGUGAUUGGAAAUCGCAAGUUGUUUUGAAAUUCGAUUAUAUGUUAAGAUCAACCCAGGAAAAUUGGUUGACGGCCCAAAUUUGUUUUUCACGAAAACUUUAACCAAUAGCUUUUGCAGACUCAAUCAUGUCUCUCAAGACAGCUACAAUUAUAGAACCUGUACCCAAGUGUUUCAUUGCACGCCUUGAAACAACACAGUGCAUGUCUAGUUUGGACUUAGUAAAAUCGAAUUACUAACCCUUGUUUUUAUAAUUAGGUCUGUAUAAUGCUAGGCUUUGGCUCACUAGAGUAAUAACCAUCUCGCCGUCUGCUAGUAACAAAUACUUUUAAUAUAAAGUAUCCAUAACAUUUUUAUGAAUCCAGGGCUCCUGCUGAAUCAUAGAGCCAUCACAGGCAAUCGGUGCUUAAUUUAYUUCUCUCUCACUCUUAAUACGUUAAUAGAAGUGUUUAUAAGAAACUAAUCUAGUACAUUGUAGAAGUUAGAAGGCAUUUGUCCCAUCUGUUUUAAAGAUCAUUAGAAGCACUCUAACAAAAAUGGGAUUUUUCAAA